GUCUCCUUGGAAGUGAAAUCUCACAGGAACUCUGCGGCGCUUUUUUUUCUCUCUCUCUCUCGACGUCUUACCUUGCUUUAACCUUUGCAGAAGACCGCAAUAUUAUAAGCAAUAGAACGCAGAGAAAGAGAGGGAAGAGAGAGAGCAUCAAUUUGUCAGCAUCAAUAAGAAAACUAAAAAGGCCGAGGCGUGCGAUAUUAUAUUUUCGACUGGAGAAGCCUAGCGGGUAACGCUAUAACAGAAUGAUUAGUCAUUGGCAAAUUUUCAAGCGAGCAACAUGGAACCCAGUGGUUUGUUCAAUUUCGCUGUGAGAGUGAAGGAGGAACCUGAAGAGAUGUCGCUAAUUGAAGAUAAUUGUAACGUAAUUGACAAGACACUCGAUACAAACAAUUUUCCGUUCUUGAAAUUUCAAGGAAGUCCGACUUAUAGGCUUCGAGAACACAACAAAUAUCAUGAUAAUGAACUCAACGAGUUGGCGAUCGAGUUUGAAUGUAGAGACAUGAAGCCGAGCGUGGAUUUAUUAGUAGUUAAGAAAAUUGAGGAUCCUUCUUCAAAUGACUUGCAAGAUAUGAAUUACAGCAACUAUGAUCAAGCUCAAAACAAAAUUAAAACAGAAAUUGUAAAUGAUGUAAAAAAAGAAUUGAAUUCGAACUACGAAGCCUGCCAUGUAUUAGAGACAAGUGGAAAAAUAUUUACCCAGAAAGGUUAUCUCGAAACCUAUAGUGGCAGGGUGCCCAGUGAUGUCAGAGAAACGCGCAAUACACGCAGAAAAAAAUUCACAAAAAAAGACUGUCUACCUGUCCGCAUCAAAACGGUACAUAAUGGUAACAAACAUGCAUGUGACACAUGCGGAAAAACAUAUAAACAAAAGGGUGAUCUCAAUAAGCACGUACGGUCAUCGCACCAAGGUAUCACCUACACCUGUGAGGCAUGCGGAAAAAAAUUUUCACAAAAAAAAUCUCUCGGAAUUCAUAUGGAUGCAGUACAUAAUAAAAUCACCCAUCCUUGCAGUAUGUGUGGAAAGAAAUUCUGUGAUAAGAGUAAUCUCAGAAGGCACAUUGAUUCGGUGCACCAAAGUAUCAUCCACACAUGUGAUAUAUGCGGAAAGACAUACAAUCUUAAGUGUAAUUUCACUAGGCACGUAAAUUCAUCUCACAAAGGUAUCAACCACACAUGUGAUAUCUGCGGAAAGACAUAUAAACAAAAGGGUGAUCUCAAUAUACACGUACGAUCAUCGCAUCAAGGUAUCACCUACACCUGCGAUGCAUGCGGAAAGAAAUUUUCACAAAAAAAAAAUCUCCGAACCCAUAUGGAUGUAGUACAUAAUAAAAUCACCCAUCCUUGCAGUAUAUGUGGAAAGAAAUUCUCAUUUAAGAGUUAUCUCAGAAAGCACGUACAAUCAUCGCACCAAGGUAUCACCUACAACUGCGAUGCAUGCGGAAAGAAAUUUUCACAAAAAAGUAAUCUCCACAGCCAUAUCGAUGCGAUACACAAUAAAAUCACCCAUCCUUGUAGUAUCUGUGGAAAGAAAUUCUCAAAUAACAGUAAUCUCAAAAAGCACGUACGAUCAUCGCAUCAAGGUAUCACUCACACAUGUGAUAUUUGCGGCACGACGUUUACUCAAAAAUCUGAUCUUAAAAGGCACGUAAAAUCAUUGCACCAAGGUAUCACCUGCAAAUGUGAUACAUGCGGAAAGUCAUACACUCAAAAGGGUAAUCUUAAUAGGCACGUACGAUUAUCUCACCAAGGCAUUACCCAUGCAUGUGAUAUACGUGGGGAAAUUUUUUCACAAAAGGAUAAUCUCAGUAGGCAUAUACAAUCAUCACACCAAGAUAUCAGCCACACGUCAAAUGUGCGGGAAGACAUUCGCAAGAAAGAAUCAUCUCCAAAUCCAAAUAACUAAUUCUUGUGAUAUAUGCGGAAAAAAGUUUUCACAAAAAGGUCGUCUCUGUAUGCACUUAAAAUCAUUACAUCAAGGCAUCGAUUAAGCAUGCGAUGCAUGCAGAACAAAAUUUAAAAAUGUACAUUGGCAUCUGCGUAUAUUACAACAGCAUCUCGUGAGAAUCAAACGUGGCUUGCAUCGUUGGAAUCGUUCUGAUAUGUACUGGUCUAUUGAGCCUAAGCUAAGCGUAAUUUAUUUUCGAUUAUUAGAUUCGACAGGCUUUCUUUUCAUUUUUACAGUUAUAAAAAUCUAAGAAUUAUCUCAAAAACCACAUCGAUACGGUGCAUAAUGGUAUUAAGGAUCGUGUCAAAAUUCACAGUGAUGACGAGCAUUAUGGUAUCACAGCCAUAUGUGAUUUAUGCAGAAAAAAUACUAAAAGUAAUUUUAAUUUACACAUAGAUGUGAUACGUAAUAACAUCACGUAUAACUGCGAUAUAAGCAGAAAGAAAAUUUUAUCAAAAAAUAACUCUGAAAAAAUACAUUGAAGCGAUGCUUCAUUCACGCAUUGUGGCCCAAUUAAUGUAUAACAUAUGUAAAUUCAAUGUUAACAAAAAUAUGAACUUGAGUAUUUGUUCAAAAGACUAAUUGGAACACUUAAAUUUUCAACGUUAUCAUGGACUCCAACGAUGUUACAUUAUCUCGUCGUAUUAAAACAAUGUUUACUUUAAAAAUUCAAUAAACUUGUACGUGAAAAUGAA